AGAGGCUCACGGGUAAUGUAGUCCCUAACGUACAAGGCCCUCCCACACAGGAUCAGGUAACCGGCUCUGACAGUUGACUGGUAGGCACCUCUGUCCUGCACUCCCUUUGCAACUACCCCUUAGAAAGUCGCAUCCUGGCUCUGUGCUGACACCUUAGCUCGGGCUGUGAGUUUGGUCCAGGUUUUCUGGAGGCGGGUGGGAAAAACAAAAAGAGGAGUGCGGUUUCGGAGUCCUCGGAAGCGGGACUCGUGCCCUCUAGCUCGGUUGAAGCAGAAACAUAGGUGGGUCUUGGCGAAGGGACUGAGGUGCAGUUCCAGGGCGGACCGCAGCGGCUCUGGGGGAGGUGACUGUCAGAGCCAUCAUUCCCGGUCCGACGGUCGGCCUGGACAAGACUUUCAUGGUUGCUGUAUCCGAAGACUGAGCUAGGAGUGUCUGGAUCUGUGGUUCCAACUGUCCAAAGGGCCAUUACAGAAGCUCUGCCAAGGAGGUCGGUUGGUAUCUGGAUUGGACUCAACUGGCAAAUGACUGUCUUUUCCCACUUCAGUGACAGAUGAAGCUGACGUCAUCAGAGCUUCGAGGCUGAUAAGUUCCAGGUGUCCAGUCCCACGGCCAGUGGUUCCUGUGGAGUCUUUUCAAGGUUCUGUGUUCAUCAAGUUGGCACAAAGGUUCCUUACAACAUAUCUCUGUCCACCAAUUGUACAGUGUUUUGAGUGGAGAAUCUAGGACCAAGCCAUGAAUAUCCUCUCACUCUCAUGACUCUAAGAGAUUCUCCUUCUCUCAAGUGUAUCCCAGAAUCCUCUACGUGUUUCCAAGGGCAAAACCAAAACCAAGCAACUUAGAAACAUCAUGAAUGAAUAUGUGGAGUUGGUGUCAUUUGAGGAUGUCACUGUGGAUUUUACCUGGGAGGAGUGGCAGAAUCUCAGUGAUGCUCAGAGGAUACUGUACAGGAAUGUGAUGCUGGAGACGUAUAGCAGCCUCCUGUCACUGGGGCAAUGUAUCCCUAAACCUGAGUUGAUCUUCAAGUUGGAACAGGGAGAGGAACCAUGGGCAGCAGAAGAACCUGCAAACAAGACUCUGCCAGUCUUCUGCAAUGUGGAUGGUAUAAUUGAAACCAACCAGAAGAGUCAUGAGAGACAUUUGUGGCAAGUUACUGCCAACAGCCACAAUAGAGCAACUGAGGAAGCAAAUGGGUUAGAAAACACUUUUUAUUUAUACUCCAUGAAUAUUUCAAAUUUUGUUGUAAACAAUGGAAACUGUUCAAGAGUGAAGCCUGAGAAGUUGCAUGGAUACCUGAAUACAUGUCUCCCUUCUGAACCUCAUGGACUGUGUACUGUAGAGCAAUAUAACGACUGUUGCAUAGCAGGGAAAUCCAUCAGAUGUCCUGAGCAGUUGGGGCAGCAUUCCAAGGUUCAAACUGGACAGCAGGAUUUUGAAUAUAUGGGAGAAGGGAAAGAUACAAAGGAGGCAAAACUCUUGAAAAGCAUUGCUCCAUCUAAGAGACUUCACCUGGGACUGACUUCCUGUGAGCAUGGUGAAUGUGAGCAAGUUUCUGUCGAGUCAGAUGUCAUGGAUAAUGGAGGGAAGACAACUUUCAGUAGGACAUGUAACCUCACUAAACACCAAGCAACAUACUUAGGGAGAAAAUCUUGUAAAUGCCUUGAAAAUAAGAAAACCUUUACCAGCAAAUUAGACCUUACUGUUCAUCUGAGGACACAUAACCAGAAAAAAGACCAUAUAUGUAUCCAGUGUGAGAAACCCUUUAGCACUAAAUCUUCCCUUACUGUUCAUCAGAGAAUUCACACAGGAGAAAAGCCCUAUGGGUGUAGUGUAUGUAAUAAAGCCUUCAGACAAAAGUCAGCUCUCAUUGUACACGAGAGAACUCACACUGGGGAGAAACCCUUUGGUUGUUAUGAGUGUGGUAAAGCCUUCCAACAUAAGUGGUACCUCAAAAUGCACCAGAGAACUCAUACUGGGGAGAAACCAUAUGAGUGUAAAGAAUGUGGGAAAGCCUUUCUAAAGAAGUCAUACCUCAAAAUGCAUCAGGGAACUCACAAGAGUGACAAACCAUAUGAAUGUGAAAACUGUGGAAAAACCUUCCAUAACAGGUCAUACUUCAAUAUGCAUCAUAGAACUCACACUGGCGAAAAGUCCUAUGCAUGUAAUGAGUGUGGAAAGGCCUUUUACCAAAAGUCAGACCUCAGGAGGCAUCAGAGGAUCCACAACAGUGAAAAAUUACAUGAAUGUAAAGAAUGUGGAAAAGCCUUUCAAAAUAAGUCAUAUCUCAAAACUCACCAGAAAGUUCACACAGGUGAGAAACCAUAUGAGUGUAAAGAGUGUGGAAAGGCAUUUCAAAACAAGUCAUAUCUCAACAAGCAUCAGAUAAUUCACACAGGUGAAAAGCCCUAUGAAUGUAAUAAAUGUGGAAAAAUGUUUCAGUGGAAGUUAGUCCUCAGUAAGCAUCACAGAAUCCACACAGGGGAAAAGCCCUAUGAAUGCAUUCAGUGUGGAAAAAUGUUUGGCUACAAGUCAUCCCUCAUUGUUCAUGAGUUGAUUCAUUCUGGGGAGAAACCUUAUGAAUGUAAUGUAUGUAGAAAAGCCUUCACACAGAAAUCAAACCUAAGUAGGCAUCAGAGAACUCACCGACAUGGGGAGCUAUGAUAGGAGUGGGUAUGGAUGUGGUCCCAUGUUCUGCCUCUCCUCUGGAGAUGCCCAACAGCCAAUAUACUGGCUUGGGGGAGACAAGGCGAAGACAGGGACAGGGGUCUGAAGUCUAUGUUCCUCUUGGGAUGUCAGACACUGCUUCAUGCCAGGCUGGAAGAGUGAAACAAAGUCUAGGAGGGGAAGGAGCCUGGUCCAGUUUGGAGUGAGUGCUGAGUCCCAGAGGGGCGGGAGAAGAGAGAGGUCUUAUGGAGUUUUAGUAUUAUGGCUCCUUUAGGUGAAAGCCUUCCCUGAGGCGAUCUUUAAUGAAGAAGCUCUCUUCUUGAUUGAUCUUAGCUUGUUUGUAUUACUUUAUUGGGGGUGGAUGUGAACACAUAGGCUUUAUUCUGGGUGAACAAAGGAUUAUGUAUUUUUGG